AUGAGUUAUACAAUCUUUGGUACUUUACAUAAUCAGCAUAAUGAGGUUAUAAAAGUUCGUGGACUCAAAGGUAAUGGAUAUAAAAUUAAUGAUGAUGGUGAUUACGAUUUAGAAAGCAAAAGAUUGACGAAUUUAUCAUCAAAUGUAGUGGAUGACUCAGAUGCGACAAAUAAACAAUACGUUGACAGUAGAAUUGAUACAAAAGUUUCUAAAUCAGGGGAUGUAUUAUAUGGAAAUUUGGAUAUGAAUAAGAACUGUAUCAAAAAUUUACAUGACAUAGAUCCGAAUGAUGACGGUGCAAUUGCAAUAAAUAAAAGAUAUCUAGAAACUUAUUAUCUUGAUAAAAGGUCUUUUAUGAUGAAUAAAUAUUUUUCUGGAAUACCAGUUGAAGAUUUGUCGUUAUUUUUUUUACCUAAUAUUAACUUAUGCGAAGUUUACAAAAAAGAUAAAUGUAUGAGUUUACUAGAUCCUAUCAAUCAAAUUAAAUUAGUUCAAAAUGUUAAAUUAAAACAACCUUCUUACUUAAUUGAUCAAGAACAUAUACCUUAUAUCGCAUUUGACGGAAAAAAUAAUUCCAUGGCAGGUGAAUUAAAAUAUGAAACUAUGAAUCAUCAUGGGGCUACUACGUUCUUCUUAGUUGUUGCUACUAAGGGAUUAAAAAAUCAAACUCAAUUUAGCUGGAGCGUUAAGAAUCGAAACGGUGGUUAUAAUAUCAACAAGAGAUUAGGAGUUCAUUUGCCAUGGUCUGAUGGUACUACAUAUAUAGAUCAUGGGUCAGUUAAUAAUUACAGAAUGCAAUAUAAAGAUAGUACAUUAACAGAUGAGAUGAUUAAUAAAAUAGUUCUUUGGAGCUAUAGAUGCACUGGUAAAAGAGCAUCGUUAUGGUUAAAUCAAAAUCAUCUAUAUUCUGAAGAUGAAAAACAUAUUUCAUCUGAUCUGUUUGAUACAGGAAUAUUUACCCUAGGGAAUGGUUAUCAUGUCUCAGAACAUUGUAGUAUGGAUUUCUAUGGUCUGUUAUUCUAUAACAGAGCUUUGACUGAUGAGGAAAUGAAUAAAAUGCAAAUAUAUUUGAGAACAUUUUUCAAAUUUAAUUAUGUGGAUUAA